UUUCUUAGUCGAAUGAUCCCGACAACUAUACUUACAGAGCUAAAGAAGAAUCAGAAAUUUUAGGUUGGAUUCAUCUUUUCGUAGUAUUUAAGGAAACGAAAGUAAUUUUAUCCUAAACCCAUGGCUUCUAAUAUUGCAAAAUCCUCAAUAAAGACGUUAGGUGUUUUUCAAAAACAUGGGGUUUUCCGCGAAGGCGUAGCAGCAUUACUUCCCGAUGCAUAUAAGAAAUUUUAUAAAGAAUGGAGAUUAACAGAACCAGCUGCCGUGCAUUAUGUUCCAGAAUUAGGAAAAUAUAAACGUGAUGAAAUAACUGGAGAAGUAUCACCCAUUGAAAACAGACCAAUUCCUCUCAUUUUUCCAAAAGAACAUGAUCAUCAUAUCUGGGGUGGUGAAGGAAUCAUACAAGGCUUUAGAAAAACCAAAGAACAGGCCAGAAGAGUGCCUCACUUUUGGGUUCCAACUCUAAGACGUUCUGUGGUAUACAGUGAAGUUUUAAACAAAUAUUUUUCUGUAGUUGUCACUGAAAGGGCAAUAAAUCUAAUAAAUGCGAACUAUGGUUUUGAUCAUUAUUUGUUAAAGACGCCAGCAUGUGAUUUAAGAUCACUUUUGCCAUUAGGACUGAAACGACAUAUUCUAAAAGCUCUACAAGCAGGUUGUCCAGCCUAUAAAGAAAAACCAGAAAUUCAAAAUGAAGUAUUAAAGAAAUAUGAACAAUAUUUGAAAGCUUAUACAGCAGAGGAAAUUGAUUGGUACGGUUACUCUUUGACCCAGGCCUGCAAAAAGCUAGAAAAACAGAUGGAAGAAGAAAAGGCAAUACCACUUAAACAAAUUUAUCGUGUUGAGUUAUUGCAAAAGUUAAGAGCAGAAAAAACAAAUCAAUCUGAACAUAGUUCACCGCCAAGUGAAUCUAGCUUAGCAGCAUCAUGGAUCCAUAAAAUGAAUCCAUUCGGGAAGAAACAAGAAACUUGAAACUUAUUUUUGUAGUUAUUAUUAUAGAAAAACUAAUAAAUGUGUUAUCAUUUUC